AGGACUUAAGGUCACCUUUCUUCUUACUAUCAUGGCCGUAAUAACCAGCUGUAACCCGACCGUAACUAUCGCGGUAUAUGUUACCGUGUAAUUUAUAAUUUGGUUUCACGUAUUCGAAAAUGCACAUAGAACUACGUAAGUGAUCUCUCAUCGUCGCAUAAUUUUACAUCACGUGUAAGAUAUGUCGCGACAUCGAGACGUCCGUUCUAUGAAUUACUCAGAUGAGUAUGACGGCUAUGAUGAUGUUUAUGGACAUUCAAUGGAAGAUGAUUAUUGUGUAUCACCUAGUGUGGAACAAUUAUUUGAUCGAAGCAAACAACAAAAUAUUGCUUCAUUCAUCACAGAACCAGAUAUAGUAGAAGAUAAUGAAGAUAUUGAUGAUCCUUUACCAGUCUCGAAUGAGUCUCGAAAAUAUAACUUUUCUGAAUUAGAAAGGACUAAGUUAAUGUCUUGUUUAGAAACAAUUAGAAAUGUUAUAGGUGAUACGGUACCUGAUUCUAAAUUAAAAGAGAAGAUUAUUCUAUCAAAUUUUGAUGCAAACGUAGCACUUGAUGCUAUUUUAAAGGAAUCAUCACCGAAAAAUAUCUCUGAUUCAAUGGCGAAUAAGGAACAAUUAGAACGAUAUCCAGGUAAAUUAUCACCAAAACCUACGUUAAAACUUACAACACCGUCUACUGUAAAAGUUGUGCCGACUGGAACAAAACCUGUUGUAAAGGGUUUUGAUUUAAGUGGUAUAGAAAACGCAGAUUUAUUGAAUCCACAUUGCGACAGUCCAAAUAGAUCUAAUCGGAAUAGUCCUGAAAUUAGGCAUAAAGAGGAUAUUGCACAAAAAGAAAAAAGAACAAUCUCACCAAAAAUGAAUAGUCCAAGAUGUCAAUCACCUGUAUUGAAUCAUUUAACAUCAGAAUUAGAUUUCAAAGUAAAAUCUAAUGCAUCUAACGAAGAAAAACUGAACAUCGAAGCAAUAUAUAAGAAUAAAAGAGGUGACAGCAAGGAACAGCUUCAUUUAGUGGUUGUAGGACAUGUUGAUGCUGGAAAAAGCACAUUACUCGGGCGACUACUUUGCGAUUUAGGUCAAGUCUCACAGAGACUCUUCCAUAAAUAUCAACAAGAGAGCAAGAAAAUAGGAAAACAGUCAUUUGCCUAUGCUUGGGUAUUUGAUGAAACUGGUGAAGAAAGAGAACGAGGAAUAACAAUGGACAUAGGCCACUCAAAAUUUGAAACAGACACAAAAUCUAUCACUCUCCUAGAUGCACCUGGUCACAAGGAUUUUAUUCCAAAUAUGAUAAUUGGUGCUACACAAGCAGAUGUUGCCUUAUUGGUGGUUGAUGCAACCAGAGGCGAAUUUGAAACUGGAUUUGACAGUGGUGGACAGACACGCGAGCAUGCCCUAUUGUUACGUUCUUUGGGAGUAUCGCAACUAGCUGUAGUUGUUAACAAGCUAGACACUGUAAAUUGGUCUAAGGAUAGAUUCAAUGAGAUAGUAGACAAAAUGAGUGUAUUUCUGAAACAAGUUGGUUUUAAAGAUACCAUCACUUUUGUACCUUGCAGUGGUUUAUCUGGAGAAAAUAUUGUAACAAAACCAAAGGAACAGCUUUCUAAUUGGUAUACCGGACCUACUUUAGUUACUGUUAUCGAUAAUUUUAAGUGUCCAGAGCGUCCUGUAAAUAAACCAUUCCGUUUCUCAGUGAACGAUAUAUUUAAAGGUACUGGAUCAGGAUUCUGUGUAUUUGGUCACAUUGAAACAGGUAUGGUAUCUUUGGGUGACAAAGUUUUAAUACUACCUCAGAACGAGAUUGCAGUUGUAAAAGGUCUUCAAAUAGAUGAAGUUUCAACGGGAAAUGCAUUCGCCGGUGAUCAUGUUGUAUUAACAUUGGCAGGAAUUGAGCAGCAAAACGUGGGUAUUGGCAAUAUCAUUUGUAAUCCGCAGAAUCCGGUACCUGUAACGACCUGCUUUCAAGCGCACAUAGUAAUAUUUGCGAUAACAAAGCCGAUCACGAAAGGUCUUCCAGUAGUAAUGCAUCAGCAGUCUUUAAUACAACCAGCGAUUAUUACAAAGUUAAUAGCACAGCUUCAUCGAAGUACUGGAAAUAUAAUCAAGAAAAAACCUCGCUGCUUGUCGAAAAAUUCUAGUGCCAUCAUUGAGGUCACGACACAAACACCAGUCUGCAUGGAACUAUACAAAGAUAUUAAGCAACUAGGUAGAGUUAUGUUACGAUUAGAAGGUACUACUAUCGCAGCUGGAUUGAUUACAAAGAUUUUGUAAGUUUGAUGAGAUGUAAAUAAAAUCUCAAAUAAUGCAAUGCGAUUUAUAUA